UCAAACUGAACGUAUGAGUUUUGCUGGUGGUGGGACCUUGUUUAUUAAAUGCCGUCAAUUUAUGAUCUCAUAUGUAAAUUGUUAGUCAGAUUAAGAGCGUGCGGUUUCUGUGGCUGUUUGCGCAUCAGGUACACUUUACACUAGUUGUUAAGGAGGAAAGACUGAUGCCAUGGUUGAGCUGUGAAAUCUGAACUAUUUAAUUAAUUUAGAUGGCCCCACUAAAUAAUAGCAGUUCGGAGAGCAUGCAUGGAGGUUCCAAUACCUUUGGCCAUGAGAAAUGCCAUUUUUAUUUGCUUUUCCAUUAUGAGACCACACUUGACCUUGGUUUGAGGGGCUUCUUAUAUUUCCUGGCUCUUGCAUACUGUUUUAUUGGAUUAUCAGCUAUUACUGAUCGUUUUUUCCGGUCCAUGGAAACUGUGGUCAAGCAAUCUCGAGCUGUGGAAGAGAUAGAUCCUAGUACUAAUGCUAAAGUUGUUCAAAACAAAAAGGUUUGGAAUUAUGCAGUAGCUGACAUAGCUCUGCUGGCAUUCGGGACUAGUUUUCCUCAGAUUUCAUUGGCAACAAUUGAUGCCAUAAGAAAUAUUGGACAGUUGUAUGCUGGAGGUUUAGGUCCAGGAACACUUGUUGGUUCUGCUGCUUUUGAUCUAUUUCCCAUCCAUGCUGUUUGUGUUGUUGUUCCUAAAGCUGGAGAACUUAAAAAGAUAGCAGAUAUUGGAGUGUGGCUUGUAGGGCUAUUUUGGUCUUUUUGGGCUUACAUUUGGCUAUACAUAAUACUAAAGAUAUGGACUCCAAAUGUGAUUACUCUCUGGGAAGCGCUGUUCACCGUAGUGCAAUAUGGUCUUCUGCUUAUACAUGCCUACGCUCAAGAUAAACGUUGGCCAUACGUAUCCUUACCCAUGAAAAGAGAUGAAAGGCCGGAAGACUGGGUACCAGAAAAAACUCCACGGUGCAGGAAAGGAGAUGAAGCUCCUCAUAAGUACUCUGGAAUACAUGAAGGUGAUGAAGUAAGAAACAGGAAUAUUGUCGACAUAUACUCUGUCCAUUCUGGUAACCAAGAACAAUCUCUUGAAGAUGACAUUCCCGAGAAAGAUGAUCUGCUCUCCAUCUGGAAGCAGCAGUUUAUUGAUGCUGUCACGUUGGAGAGCGCAGAAUCAAGGAAACUAAACAAUCCAUGCCUCAACCUUGCAAAGGCUUUUUGGAAGCUGCUCAUUGCACCAUGGAGAUUACUGUUUGCAUUUGUGCCACCGUAUCAGAUUGCUCACGGAUGGAUUGCAUUUGUUUUCUCUCUAGCUUUCAUCGCUGGGAUAGCUUAUAUCGUGACAAAGCUCACAGAUCUAAUAAGCUGUGUCACAGGUAUUCAUCCAUACACCAUUGCAUUAACAGCUUUAGCUGCUGGAACGUCGUGGCCUGAUUUAGUUGCAAGCAAGAUUGCAGCAGAGCGGCAGAUAACAGCAGAUUCUGCCAUAGCUAACAUCACUUGCAGCAAUUCGGUUAAUAUAUAUGUUGGCAUUGGCGUGCCAUGGCUCAUCAACACGGUGUACAACUACAUCGCGUAUAAGGAACCGUUAAGGAUAGAGAAUGCAGGGGGGUUGAGCUUCUCCUUGCUCAUGUUCUUUGCAACGUCGGUAGGCUGUAUCGUUGUUCUAGUGUUCCGACGUAUGACAUUGGGUGCGGAGCUAGGUGGCCCGAGGCAUUGGGCGUGGAUUACUAGCAUUUAUUUUAUGAUGUUGUGGCUUAUUUUUGUUACAUUAUCAUCUCUGCGAGUUUCAGGUGUUAUUUGAGUAGUUUCUCCCUUUAUAGGCAUUCUUGUCCUGUGAAAUGUAUACAACAUUACUACUUUCUCAAUAGCAAAGGGAAAAGAAAAGUUAUUGUAGUAAA